UUGUUUGAUAGGACGUGCCCAGUAUGAUGGAGAGGGCACUGCGCAUGUGCGGCUCAGAGCCACUGUUUUAGACGGAAGACUGCGGAGUCUAUCUCCACUUACUGCGAACCACAAGAAACACUCAAGAAAAGUGCAGGUGAAAUCAGCAGCAUGUCGGGGUUUCUGGAUGGGAUCAGAUGUGGCGAUUGCGAGUGUAAUGUGGAUUGGGGUGAGAAGAGAAACACCAUCGCCUCCAUCGCAGCCGGAGUUCUGUUUUUCACAGGCUGGUGGAUCAUCAUCGAUGCAGCGAUAAUGUACCCUAAAGAGGAAGAGUUCCACCACGCAUAUCACACCUGUGGGGUUAUAGCGACUAUAGCCUUCCUCAUGAUCAACGCAGUGUCAAACGGCCAGGUGAGGGGAGACAGCUACAGCGAGGGCUGCUUGGGACAGACUGGUGCCAGAGUUUGGCUCUUCAUCGGGUUCAUGUUGGCAUUCGGGUCUCUCAUCGCCUCUAUGUGGAUUCUGUUUGGUGGUUUCGUUGUGACCGAAAAGAAGGAUCUGUCAGUGUACCCUGGUAUUGCAGUUUUCUUCCAAAAUGCAUUCAUCUUCUUUGGUGGUCUGGUGUUCAAGUUUGGCCGAACUGAGGACCUCUGGCAGUAAAGCUUCAUUUCCUUCAAUCAAAUCCCACAGUCCAUCAACGAACAAUUCCUCUGUACUUAAUGCUGCUUAUUUGCACUCGCUAUUUUUUUCUCUCCUCUUUUCAACCCCUCAGAUAACUCGCGUUCUUAAUUAUAUUCCUUCUUCCUUUCUUUGUCUUGUUUCCUUAUGAGUGCACACAAGAAAUGCAAAUCAAAUCCAGACUCUUCAGUCACAUUUUGACCUCACUCUGCAUUAAAAAAUUACAUAUAUGCAAUAGAACUACAAUGACAUAACAUACAUAAAGUGUACAAUUCUCAUAUUAAAAGUGCACAAUACGAGCUAAUAUCUUCAGCCUGGCUUUUCCAGAGAUCUCAAGAGGAAAGAAAACAUUGAUUCACUAAAUAUAGUAACGUGAUCAUAUGCGACCGCAGCAGGGAGAGUUUUUUUGGGCAGACUCGUUUAUAAACCAAAAUGAGUGACUCACUGUGUGUGUUUUUAUUUUUAACGUGUCGUCAUUUGAAUUAGUUUGCUUUUUUUUUACAUAUGCCACCGAAUUUGUAUCUGUCGUUUCACUUUCAUGCCUAAUCUCUUGAAAUUUCACGUUCAGUCAGACCAGCGUACUGUCGUAUUAGCUCAGUUGACAUCACUGCAACAGCGCUUUAGUCAAUGUUUUACUUUUGGAAGAUUUUUAUAUAUUAUGUUAUUUGAAUUCCCGUACCUUUUUCAGAUUUUUUACAAUUAUUUUACAGAGAUUGCACUGAGCAAGAGCAGUUUCUUAGAGCUGAGCUUUACCAGAAACAUGUACAUUCACUGUCAACUUUUUUUUUUUUUUUUUAAAGAUGAAGUGUUUAAUUUUUGUGCGACUAGUAAAACCAAACAGCAUAUUUUCCUCGACUGUGGGAACCCUGGUUAUAUAUUUUGUGUGUUCUGGAGCAUUAAGGUCACUCUCUAUGUGUAUGCUUGGGCAUGUGGGAGUUGUAUAAAAAUGUUAAUGGUUUUAAAAAAGCACAAUUUCUUAUUAUUUCAGUGGUUAUGGGAGAAUAAGGUGACGUCAGUCAAAGAUUUUGACUCGUCUAUUAACUGACAAAUUAGAGAGUCUGUGAUUUCUACAUGCUAAAAGAAUGUAACAUUUUAAUGUAAUCCAUGCCUC